AUGGCGGCAGUGGAAGGCGCCUUUUCAUUUUCUGCGGCGUCAGUAGUGGAGGAUGUUCUGCAACAGCACGGAAAUGGUUCCCGACAUCUCGAUUUGGACGCUCGAAAAGCUGAGGAGGCCGCCAUGAGAAGAUAUGAAGCUGCAGCGUGGUUGAGAAAAAUUAUAGGAGUUGUAGGCGCAAAAGACUUACCUGCUGAACCUUCCGAGGAAGAAUUUCGGCUUGGUUUGAGAAGCGGGAUUAUCCUAUGUAAUGUAGUAAACAAAAUUCAGCCUGGAGCUGUACAAAAGGUCGUUGAAAGUCCCUGUGACACUGCUCUUAUACCUGAUGGUGCUGCAUUAUCUGCAUAUCAAUACUUUGAGAAUGUGAGAAAUUUUCUUGUAGCCAUACAAGAGUUGGGAAUUCCUACAUUUGAGGCCUCUGAUCUCGAACAAGGAGGGAAAUCUUCAAGGAUCAUAAAUUCCGUGUUGGCACUAAAAUCCUACUGUGAGUAUAAACAAGCAGGAGGUAAUGGGGUCUGGAAAUUUGGUGGAAAUGUGAAAACCACUGCAUCUGGAAAACAAUUUGUUCGCAAGAAUUCUGAGCCAUUCACUAGUUCUCUGUCAAGGACUAUGUCAACAAACGAGAAAUCUUUGAAUGGUGUAUGCCCUGAUUUGGAAUCUAACAGAAUGUCUACUUCUUCAUUAAGUACUCUUGUUCGUGCAAUUUUGUUAGAUAAGAAGCCCGAAGAAGUUCCAAAUCUUGUAGAGUCUGUACUAAGUAAGGUUGUUGAGGAGUUUGAGCAUCGCAUUGCAAGCCAAAUUGAAUUGAGAAAAGCAACUACAAAUGAUUUGACUGUUUCCCAUGGAAUCAAAUCUGUAUUGAAACCUUCUUCAUUCAACGUGAAGAUCGAAAAUAAGAAGAGCUCGCUCCUGAAGACAGAUGAUGUAACUCAUUAA